AGUUUGAGUUAUACUUGUUUAAGUCAUAACUCCCAAAAAUAUUUUCAGUAAAUUAACGAAAAGAAAACAAUUGUAGUUGUACUGUUGUGCUUCGUUUUUAAAACAUCGUAAGACUUUAAUUGCGCUGGCCUUUGGCUAAACUGUAUUUUACUGUUUGCGCACUCUUGCAAUCCCUAAUAACUUAAGAGUGUGUCUCAUGGUUAAUUUUCUGUCUUGGGCUAAGAUGUGCUCAGUUUCCUCUGUUAUGAGCUGAGAAUAAUAGAUAAUCAGAAAAUUAAUGCCUGAAAAUCGUAAAAUUUACUCAAGUGCUACAUAGUCUCUUUCGAUUAGCGCGUCAGUACAAGAAUUCACGAGCAAGAAUAUUUAUGAAUAACAAUUUAAAUCCUUAAAACAGGACGUAACUUCGUCAGACGCCAGUUAUUUUUUUGACUCAAUUAGGCUUCCGUUCCAGAUGACUCCCCGCCUCCUCGAAACAGGAGUGUCAGGGUAGACUGUAGCAACAGUACAGCUGGUUGUGUGUUGUCUGUCAGUGUUUGGGAGGAAAAAAAUCUUCAAACAAUGCAUAAGGUAACAGUGAGGAAAAAAACACAGAUGCUGCUGGUAGAAUAAGGAAACGGUAGCCUGUAUCCCUGCUCCAUCUGAAAGGGACAUGGACCCAAAGAAUGUAGCACUUUCAGCUGAAGUGGAACCUUUUAUUCCUCAGAAGAAAGUAUCAGAUGCACUUCUGGUUCCCAUGGCUCUUUCUAAUGACAGCACAUGUGAAGGUGGAGCUGGUGGACCAGAACCAACACCUAUUCCCAGUUACCUGAUAACUUGCUACCCAUUUGUACAGGAAAAUCAACCUAGCAGGCCUGUACCACUGUACAGUAAUGAUAUGAGGUGGCAACAGCCUUACCCAAAUGCUAUAGGUCCGUAUCUUGCUUACCCAAUCUUAUCUGCUCAGCAUCCAGUUUCUAAUGAGUGUGCCUACUACCAGUUGAUGCCUGCACCCUGUGCGCAAGUUAUGGGAUUCUACCAUCCAGUACCCACAUCCUACCCAACAGUCUUUCAGUCAGCAAGUAGUGUUAACACUUUAACAACAGAGUGCAGUGAUCGAUCUGUGCAACAUGGCCAAAUAUGUUCUGUUCCAAACCAGAAGGGAAAGAACAGCAGCAGCAGAGGGCAAGUACUGCAGAAGCAGCCACCAGUUUCAGUAAAAUUCAAGAAGCCUCCAAUGAGAAGUGUUGCUGUUCAGAAGGAGAGUUGUGCAUCAGGGCCUGAUAUUCGGCCCAGAAUUGUGCUGUUGGUGGAUGCUUGUCAACAAACAGAUUUUCCAUCAGAUAUUGCAAGUAAAUCUCUCUGUGAAAGUUCAAGUUCAGGGAUGUGGAAGCCAAAAACAAGGAGGCGGAGAGCAUUACAACCUACAGCAGAAUCUUCCAGUGAACAGGGGACCAGUGAAGCAGAUAUUGAUAGUGAUAGUGGCUAUUGUAGUCCAAAACAUGGUCAUAACCAAGCUAUAGCCAUGAAUGUCAGGAAUACCAGUGCUGGAGAGGCUGCCAUAAAUACAGAGACCAGUAUAAGCUGGGCGCAUGCUGCAUCUCAGGCAUCUCAGAAAACUUGGACAGACAAAGGGCAGGGAUUUUGUAGACGAGGUCGGCCAGCUGAGCAGAAAGACCAUACACAGGGAUGCUUUAGAGGUGACAGAAAACAGAGUACCUCAUCUGAAAGAAGGAAGAACCAACAAAACCGACAAGAUGGGAAAUUAGCAAGCCUGAGCUGUGUAAAUGGGACAGAUGGAAAUAUGGAAUCCUUACAUUUUGAGGAUGCGGAUGAGUUUCCUGAAUUAAACUGUGUGAAUGGAAGUAGCAGAAUUGACAGCCCUACACUGAAAAUGCCUGCUAAAGUUCUAAGUGACUUGCCUGAGAGUUCUCCAAUCAACAUAGUUCAGACUCCCAUCCCUAUAACAACAUCUGUACCCAAACGUGCAAAAAGUCAAAAGAAAAAAGCUCUGGCAGCAGCACUUGCUACCGCCCAAGAAUAUUCUGAGAUUAGUAUGGAACAAAAAAAACUUCAGGAUGCAUUGUCUAAAGCAGCUUGUAGGAAGAGCAAAGCCCCAGUACAGCUGGACCUUGGAGACAUGCUAGCGGCACUUGAAAAACAGCAGCAGGCAAUGAAAGCACGGCAGCUAACAAACACCAAGCCUUUAUCCUACACAGUUGGCACUACUUCUCCUUUCCACACCAAAGAACUUUCCGAAAAGAAGUCAAUGAUGAAAGGGCAGUUAUAUGCUGGUCCCCUUAAUCCACUCGACGCCAAUGCUCCAAAAGUAAAACGGGGGAAGGAAAGAGAGGUUCCUAAAGUUAAACGUCCCACAGCACUUAAGAAGAUUAUUCUGAAAGAACGAGAAGAAAAGAGAGGACGUCUUUCUACUGAUCACAGUCUAAUGGGCUCUGAUGAGCACAGUGACUCCAUUUUGAGUUUAACUGAUGAACAGUCCCAGGAAUUAGUUUCACAAGAAGAUAUUGGCCUGAGUGUUCCCAGUGAUACGUCUCUAUCUCCUGCAAGCCAGAACUCUCCGUACUGCAUGACACCAGUGUCUCAAGGUUCUCCUGCCAGCUCUGGGAUUGGCAGCCCAUUGGCAACUUCAGCAGUCACUAAAAUACACAGCAGAAGAUUCAGAGAGUACUGUAAUCAGGUUCUUAGUAAAGAAAUAGAUGAGUGUGUGACAGUACUUCUCCAAGAACUUGUUCGUUUCCAGGAACGGGUGUAUCAGAAGGAUCCUACAAAAGCAAAGGCAAAAAGGCGUCUUGUCAUGGGUCUGCGUGAAGUUACAAAGCACCUGAAACUGAAAAAGAUUAAGUGUGUGAUCAUUUCUCCAAACUGUGAAAAAAUCCAGUCAAAAGGUGGACUAGAUGAAGCCCUGUAUAAUGUUAUAGCCAUGGCUCGUGAGCAAGAAAUUCCUUUUGUCUUUGCACUUGGAAGAAAAGCAUUGGGACGCUGUGUAAACAAACUGGUUCCUGUGAGUGUUGUUGGGAUUUUCAACUACUUUGGUGCAGAGAAUCUGUUCAACAAAUUAGUUGCAUUGACGGAGGAGGCUCGGAAGGCAUACAGAGAUAUGGUGGCUGCUUUGGAACAGGAACAGGUAGAAGAAGCUUUAAAGAAUGUCAAGAAAGUUCCUCACCACAUGGGCCAUUCUCGGAAUUUGUCUGCUGCAAGUGCAAUUUCAUUCUGCAGUGUCAUUUCAGAGCCCAUCUCCGAAGUUAAUGAAAAAGAAUACGAAACUAACUGGAGGAACAUGGUGGAAACUACAGAUGGAUUAGAAGCAUCUGAAAAUGAAAAGGAACUGCCUUCCAAAACCACAUUGCCAGAGGAGCCUUGUGCAGUACAGACAGAUAAAGGAAAUGGUAGUAAACCUCCAACAGUAAUUCCAUGCACAACAAAUUGCAGUAUGACUGCCCCAGCUGUAAAGCCUCAGACAAUUGAGAGGGAAGAUGUAAAACCAGAUGACACUCUAGAAUGGGCUUCUCAGCAGAGCACAGAAACAGGGUCUCUAGAUGGUAGCUGCAGAGAUCUUUUAAAUUCUUCUAUGACUAGCACCACCAGCACUCUUGUCCCAGGUAUGCUAGAAGAAGAGGAAGAAGAUGAUGAUGAUGAAGAAGAAGAUUAUGCUCAUGAGCCCAUAUCUGAAGAAAUGCAGAUAAGCAGUAGAAUUGAAAGCUGGGUAUCUGAAACUCAAAAAACAAUGGAAACGUUGCAGCUGGGUAAAAGUGUUGAUAAUGCUGAAGAUGAAGACUGUGAGCAAAAUGAAGAUGAUGACACAGAAAUCCCUGAUCAGGUGGACCAGAUCACAGACAAAGAUGAAUGCAUAUCUUUAAUUACAAAGAGGAGAGUUUGCUAGCAGUGGCUGAAAUAAACUCAAACAACUCUCA